AUAGUGCUUCUAUAUUGAAUCUCCUGUUUCCAUUAACCAUUAUCUUUGUUCUUCAAAGUUGCUAUCUUUUUGAGCUUCCUUUACACACACAAACACACAGACAUAUAUAUAUAUAUGCAGUUUUGUUUGUAGUAUUUGUUUUCUUACUGUUGGGUACAUUUUUUUUUUCACAAUUUGAUCCACACUUUCACGACCUUAUAUAUUUGGACCUUCCCCCUUCGCAACUCUUCAUCUCUCUGCAUCCACAUUUCUCUUAAAAAAGCUUUUAUUCAUACAAUGGAAGAGAGCUUUGUACCAUUUGGUGGGAUAAAAAAUGACAUUAAAGGGAGAUUGAAGUGCUACAAGCAGGAUUGGACCAGUGGUCUUAGUGCUGGUUUUAGGAUUUUAGCCCCCACCACUUAUAUAUUUUUUGCAUCAGCAAUUCCUGUUAUUUCAUUUGGUGAACAAUUGGAAAGAGACACAGAUGGGGUGCUCACAGCAGUUCAAACAUUGGCUUCUACUGCACUAUGUGGAAUUAUACAUUCUAUCAUAGGAGGUCAACCUUUGUUGAUCCUUGGAGUUGCAGAACCAACUGUAAUUAUGUACCGGUUUAUGUUCGAUUUCGCCAAGAACCGGCCCGAUUUGGGGUCACAGCUCUUUCUUGCAUGGACUGGAUGGGUAUGCGUUUGGACUGCGAUUUUGUUGUUCUUGUUGGCUAUCUUAGGAGCUUGUUCAAUUAUCAACAGGUUUACUCGUCUUGCCGGUGAGUUGUUUGGUCUUCUUAUCGCGAUGCUCUUCAUGCAGCAAGCUAUUAAGGGACUUGUUGAAGAGUUCCACAUACCUGAAAGAGAAAAUCCAAAGUCGGUCGAGUUUCAACCUUCGUGGAGAUUUGCAAAUGGGAUGUUUGCUAUGGUUUUGUCAUUUGGACUCCUGUUUACUGCAUUAAGAAGCCGGAAAGCAAGAUCUUGGAGAUACGCAUGCGGAUCAUUAAGAGGCUUUGUAGCUGACUACGGUGUGCCAUUGAUGGUUCUGGUCUGGACUGCUGUUUCUUAUAUACCAGCUGGAACUAUUCCGAAAGGAAUUCCACGGCGUCUCUUUAGUCCAAAUCCAUGGUCACCAGGUGCAUACGAAAAUUGGACCGUUGUGAAGGACAUGCUAAAGGUUCCGGUGCUCUAUAUAAUCGGAGCUUUCGUUCCAGCUACAAUGAUCGCGGUCCUAUAUUAUUUCGACCACAGUGUAGCUUCGCAACUCGCUCAACAAAAGGAAUUCAAUUUGAGGAAACCACCUUCUUUUCAUUAUGAUUUACUUCUUCUCGGAUUCUUGACAAUACUAUGUGGUCUUAUUGGUAUCCCACCAGCAAAUGGUGUCAUCCCACAAUCUCCAAUGCAUACUAAAAGCUUAGCUACAUUAAAGCACCAGUUGCUCCGAAAUGGACUAGUAACAACAGCUCGCCAAUUCAUACAUAAGAAUGCAAGCUUAGGACAAGUGUACGAAAGAAUGCAAGAAGCUUAUAAACAGAUGCAGACUCCGUUGGUUUACCAAGAACCUUCGGCUCGGGGAUUAAAGGAACUGAAAGAAUCAACCAUACAAAUGGCUUCAAACAUGGAAAAUAUUAAUGCCCCGGUUGAUGUGUCAGUAUUUGAUAUCGAGAAGGAAAUCAAUGAUCUAUUGCCCAUCGAGGUAAAAGAACAACGGCUUAGUAACUUGCUUCAAGCUACAAUGGUUGGAGGAUGUGUUGCAGCAAUGCCUUUGAUUAAAAAGAUACCGACCUCAGUACUUUGGGGUUACUUUGCAUUCAUGGCUAUCGAGAGCUUGCCCGGAAACCAGUUUUGGGAACGAAUGUUGCUGCUCUUCACAGCUCCAAGUAGACGAUACAAAGUACUAGAGGAGUACCAUGCCACUUUUGUAGAAACCGUACCAUUCAAAACAAUUGCCAUGUUCACGAUAUUCCAAACCAUAUACUUGUUUGUUUGUUUCGGGAUUACUUGGGUUCCGGUCGCCGGGGUUCUUUUCCCAUUGAUGAUCAUGCUUUUGGUUCCUGUGAGACAAUAUGUUUUGCCCAAGUUUUUCAAAGGGGCACACCUUCAAGAUUUGGAUGCUGCCGAGUACGAAGAAUCACCGGAUGCACCAUUCAACCUUAUAACCGAAGGAGAGCUGGUUAGGACAGCUUCCUUUGCUGAUGAUGGAGAGAUUUUAGACGGAAUGAUUACCCGAAGCCGGGGUGAGAUUAGACACAUGUGCAGCCCGAAGGUAACAAGCUCGUCCGGAACAACUCCGUCCAAAGAAUUUAAGAGCAUUCAAAGCCCACGGUUCUCGGAAAAGGUAUAUAGCCCCAGGAUAAGCCAACUGAGAGGUGAGCUAAGUCCUGGAAAUGCUGGAAGAGGGCCAUUUAGUCCUAGAGCCAAUGAAAAGCCAUCAAAUUUAGGCAAAGGUUAGCAAGUAAUGGACCAAGUUGCUAAAAGAAUAUAUAUACAUAUAUGAGCAUGCAGUUCAAGAAGUCUGCUAUGCAUAUCCCAUACUAAUCCCCUGAUUUUCGCUAUCACUCAUGUAAAAUAUAUUCUACUACUAAUAAAAAUGCCGUUGAUUAGUGAAGAAAA